CAUCAUGGUUGUCAGCAGGAUUCACUUUAGUAAAAGGCUACUGUUAGCCUGUUUCCUCUUUCUCUGUGUCUAUGGACAAACUUCAGGACCGUAUUUCAUGGUGACGUUUCCUGCAGUGAUAGAGUCUGGAUCUGAGGCUACACUGUGUACGAGUCUUCUGAAGCCUAAUGAGAUUCUGCAAAUGACCAUUUAUCUGGUUCAUGACAACCACAACAGAACACUUCUACAGGAGACAGUGGAGGAAGAAUUUCACCGCUGCUCUCAGUUUAAGGCUCCACAGGUUGAGGGUGAUUCAGUGCAGGAGAUCAGAGUAGAUGUUAAAGGUGAAAGUUUUGAGAUGACGAAGAAAAGAAAAGUUAUGUUUAAAUCCUACAACCCACUGACAUUCAUUCAGACUGAUAAACCAAUCUACAACCCCGGCCAAACAGUGAAUUUCAGAGUUGUCACUAUGGAUAAACAUUUCAUCCCCCUUAAAAAGGAGUACAGCUUAUUGACGCUUAAGGAUAAUAAAGGUAACAGGAUUGGUCAGUGGACGAAUGUGUCCUCAACAGGCCUGAUAGUGCAGCUUUCUCACGAACUGAAUCCUGAGGCUUCUGAGGGCGAGUAUUUACUGGAGGCUUACAUUGGGGAUAGGUCUUUCACACAUUACUUUGAGGUGAAGAAGUACGUUUUACCCAGGUUUGAGGUUACAGUGAAAGUACCAAAAGGACACAGUGUUGGAGAGGAACUGAAGAUAGAGCUUUGUGCAAAGUACACUUAUGGACAGCCAGUACCUGGUAAAGCACGGGUGGAGGUUUGUAGGAAAUUUAUACAGUACUAUCACGAUGUCCCUAAGAUCUCACCAUGCCAGGAGGAAACAGUGCAGAUGAAUGACACUGGCUGUGCCUCUGCUGUCUUCAACAUGUCAGCUUUCACUAGUCCUGAAUUUGAGCAUGAUUUACAAAAAAAUGUUGAUGCUACAAUUAUAGUGACAGAGGAAGAAACAGACAUUUCCGUCAUAAAAUCUAAACAUGUAAUGCUCACUUAUCAAGUUGGUAAAGCUGAGUUUCUUGAUUUACCAAAAAACUUUGAACAGGACACAGUUAUAGAGGGAAAGAUCAAAGUCACAACCUUCAGUGGAAAACCAAUUCCUGAUAAGAAAGUGUAUCUUUUCAGAGGUCAUCUUUGGUCUUCAGAGCUAUUUCAAAAUCUUACUACAGAUAUUAAUGGAUUGGCCAGUUUCACAAUUGUUACGUCUGAUCACCCUCAAACACAGAUUCAAAUCAUGACAAGUGUUUAUCCAGAUGGUAUGUUUCAUAGACACAGUGGACCUUACUUUACAAAUGCUCAUGCAAUCAUACCACUCCUCCAACCUGCUACAACUUACAGUCCAGUCUACAGUAAAUUAACAAUAGAGAGCUUAAAGGAACCGAUUCCAUGUGGAUCUGAAAUUUCCAUAAACAUUAAGUACUACAUUGUUGGAGAAACUGCUGAGAAUUACAGCACUGAUAUUAUUUACACAGUCGUGUCUAAAAGAGCCAUAGUCCAUCAUGGAUAUGAGAAAGUUGAAGUGAAAGAAUCCAAAAAGCUCAUAGAGGGAAAAGUCUCAUUCAGACUGUCUGUUGAUGCUCGUCUGGCUCCUGUAGUGCAGGUUCUGGUGUACUGUGUGCUGCCCAGUGAGAACGUCAUCGCUGAUAGCAAGAAUUUUAAUGUGGAGAAAUGCUUCAGAAACAAAGUCUCACUGCAGUUCUCUCCCACUGAGGCAGUUCCUGGUGAGGAAAACACUCUCCAGCUCUCAGCUCAGCCUGGUUCACUGUGUGGACUCAGUGCUGUGGAUCAGAGUGUGUUCAUCAUGGAGCCAGGAAAACGCCUGAAUGCUGACGAGGUUUUUCGUUUGUUACCAGUGACAUCAGUGUCAUAUUAUGACUACAUAGUUGAAGAUGAGCUGGAGUGUCUGCAAGUUAGAUCACGACGGAGUGCAAAUGAAGACCAUGUUUACAAUUCCCUAAAGAGUGUGGGGCUCAAGAUGGUGACGAAUCUGGCUGUCAGAGCAGUGCAUUGUUUGGUCUACAAAGGCGUGCGAUAUAAUCGCGAAUAUUUUGUUGGCUAUGUGCCAGGACUUGACAUGGGUGGUGUUGUAAUGGGCUUUUCAUCAAAUUCUGGACCCAUUGAGACAGUUCGUAAAUUUUUCCCGGAAACUUGGAUAUGGCAACUUGCUGAAGUGGGAGACUCUGGAUCAACACAGGUUCCUGUCACUGUUCCUGACACUAUCACCACUUGGGAGACAGAUGCCUUCUGUCUGUCCUCUAAAGGUCUGGGAGUGGCUCCUCCUGCUCAGCUUCGUGUCUUCCAGCCCUUCUUCUUGGAGCUCUCGCUGCCGUACUCCAUCAUCCGGGGAGAGGAGUUUGAGCUGAAGGCCACUGUCUUCAACUAUCUCUCCAAGUGUAUUAUGGUUAAAGUGACUCCAGCUCCUUCCUCACACUACACUCUGAAAGCCUCCUCUGAUGGAGAGUAUUCAUCCUGUCUGUGUGCCAAUGGUAGAAAGACCUUCAAAUGGACUCUUGUUCCCUCUGUGCUUGGGGUCCUGAAUGUGACGGUCAGCGCUGAGGCAGAACAGUCACAGACUGUGUGUGACAAUGAGAUUGUGAGUGUGCCUGAGAGAGGCCGCAUUGACACAGUCACACGCAGUCUGCUUGUACAGGCCGAAGGAAGUGAGAAGACCAAAAGCCAGAGUUGGUUGCUGUGUCCACAGGGAAACAGUGUUUCAGAGGAGCUGGAGCUGGUUCUUCCUGAAGAUGUGAUAGAGGGAUCAGCACGAGCUUCUGUUUCAGUGCUUGGAGACAUACUGGGCCGUGCACUAAAGAAUAUUGAUGGACUGCUGAAGAUGCCAUAUGGCUGUGGAGAACAAAACAUUGCUAUUCUUUCUCCCAACAUCUACAUUCUUCAGUACCUGGAGAACACUGGACAGCUCACUGCAGCCAUCCGUGAGAGAGCUACGGGUUUCCUUAAGAGCGGAUAUCAGCGGCAACUGAACUACAAGCAUCAUGAUGGUGCAUACAGCACGUUUGGCCAAGGAGAGGGCAAUACAUGGUUAACUGCUUUUGUACUGAGGACCUUUGGCAAAGCACAGCAAUACACCUUCAUUGAUCCACAAAACAUUAACAGUGCAAAGCAAUGGCUGAUAAAUAAGCAGAGACCAGAUGGCUGCUUUAUAAGACAAGGACGACUGUUCAACAACAGAAUGAAGGGUGGUGUAAAUGAUAAUGUGACCAUAACAGCUUACAUCACUGCGUCGUUGCUUGAACUGGGCCAUACAAUUGAGGAUCCUGUUGUAAGUAAAGGAUUAUCAUGCCUGAAGUCCUCAAUUGGCAACCUAACAAACACCUAUACCACUGCACUGCUGUCCUACACUUUCAGUCUGGCUGGAGAGCAUGAUGUUCGAGGGCAGCUGCUGAAGAAGUUGGAUGGCAUUGCCAUUUCAGGAGAUGGUCGCCUUUACUGGUCUCAGUCAGCAUCAGAUGACUCUGACUCCUUGUCAGUGGAGAUCAGCUCCUAUGUUCUACUGGCUGUUCUCACUACAUCUGAAGUCACUGCUGCUGAUUUGGGCUAUGCUAACAGGAUUGUCAGCUGGCUGGUGAGGCAGCAGAAUCCCUAUGGAGGCUUCUCCUCCACCCAGGACACAGUGGUGGCCCUCCAGGCUCUGGCUCUGUACUCCACCAAAGUGUUCAGCUCAGACGGCUCCAGCACAGUAACUGUGCAGUCAGCAGGUAAAGGCAGUCUUGACUUUGAUGUGAACCAGGACAACAAGCUAUUGUACCAGGAGAGACCACUACAGGACAUUCCAGGCAAAUACAGCAUUUUGGUGAAGGGCUCUACCUGCGUUUCCGUACAGAUGGCCCUUUACUACAAUAUCCCCACACCGGCUGAAACCAGAACAUUACACAUCAAGGCUAAAACUGAAGGAGAUUGUACAAAAUCAUUUGGACAAACUCUGGCAAUCAACUUCACAGUCACAUACAAUGGGGCUCUAAACAGCACUAACAUGGUCAUAGUGGAUAUAAAAAUCUUAUCAGGAUACACAGCAGAUCCCAGUGAUGUAAUAAUUAGCCCAUUUGUCGAGCGAGUUGAUUCCAAAGAUGACCAUGUGCUCAUGUAUAUUAAAGAGGUGCCAAAGAAUUCUCCUAUGAAUUAUCAGCUACAUAUUCAACAGGUGCUUCCAGUCAAGAACCUCAAACCAGCUGUGAUCAAAGUCUAUGAUUACUACCAAACAAGUGACCAGUCUGAGACAAAGUACUCCUCCCCCUGUGUGUGAGCACUCAGAUCUCACAGUUUGAGAAACAGAAAAGACUCAUAUUGAUACUGUAUGGUGGUUUAAUUUUCUGUUCACAAGAGAGAACAGAAUAAGACUAUAUUUUAUCAAAUAAAUGUGAACUUCAAGCAACUCAUGUGUUGCUUUGGUGUUGUAACAAGUAAAGUAAAAUGACAAAAGUAAAAUCCAAAAAACAGUUUAAUACAAAUUUUAUGCCAAAAAAAUCAGCCCAGAAAGCAAUACAAAUAUUAUAAAAUCUAGAUAUUGUAAGUCCAAGGUAAGUUAAAGUUCAAGUCACGAAUUUGAUGACUUGAGAUAAUCAUAAAAGACUUGUGACUCAACUUUUUAUCACCAAUGACUCAGACUUUGACUUUCUUUUGCAUUUUUUUUUAUUGGGAAAAGACUUUUCACAUUGUAUCAAACAAUUGUAUUAGUAAUUCAUUUAGCAGCACAAUGAGUGUCUAAUUAGUGUCUAACAUCUAAACAGUUACAUUAUGAUCAUAUUCAGGUGUUUCACUUUAAAUUCUUCUAAGCAUAUAAAUAUGUUUUUUAGCAACCUAAUUUCUAAAUGCCUGUUGUAAAUAUCAUGAUGAAUGUAAAAUUAUGUCUGGUUCCAUUGAUGUACAUUAAAAAUGAAGUAUGUUUUUAAA